AUGGCCAAGGCUGUAGCUCUCGCAUCCGCCCUCUGCAUCCUGGCCAUUGCCACCUUCGCCAACGCCCACCACGACUUCAAUGUCGAGGGUGACGUCUACUGUGACCCGUGCCGUGUCCAAUUCGAGACCGAGCUCGCCCGAAGGCUCGUCGGUGCCAACGUGCGCCUAGAAUGCAGGCACGCAGACACCAAAGCCGUGACCUACUCGUUGGAUGGGGUGACCGGCCCCAAUGGACACUACAGCCUCCCGGUCGUCGGGGACCAUGGUGACGAGAUCUGUGAGGUAUCGGUGAUCAAGAGCCCAAGCGACGAUUGCAACGAGCCGUUGGGCGAUAAGUCGAGGGUGGUGUUGGCGUCCAACGACGGCAUGCACUCGGGCUUCAGGUUCGCCAAUGCCAUUGGAUUCCAGACCAAGACUGCCCUCCCUCAGUGUGGGCCCGUCCUCUUCAACAUGGGCGUUGUAGUUGGAUCGCAAUAA